CCACCCACCGCCCAUUCACCGCGACCGCACACACACGUACACACGCUACGCCCUCUCCGCCUGCUCCUCUUGCGUCGACACUCGUUCUUGCUCGCUUUCGUCCACUCGUUCACACUCCCAGGCUCGCUCCUCCAAGUGCCCUUUGCAGCGCUUGUCCGGUCAUUUCUUUUGCGUUGGGGGCCUUCAUCUCACCCGCCAUCCCAACCUCUCCUCACCGUGUACUCGACGACUGCGAGCGUACAGCCUCCAGUUCGGCCCGGGACUCUGUGUGACGACAACAACGCGACUGGCGAUUGGAGCGCUCAUCAACACUCUGCCACCGUGAAUCCGGCUUGAGACGCAGAGAAUUGCGGCAUUCCAGACACCCAGAAACGAGCAUCUGUCGCGCUUCACAACCCCCGAUUAUUCCGUGGGCCUCGAUUCGCACGAGGCAGCGACACUGUAACUGGGUCGAACAGCGCAGCCGACCGCGCUCCUAAUUGCAUACUAUCACGAGGCUUCCAAUAUUGCUGCCGGCGUGGCAUGAUAUCGGCGUGAAGGAGUACUGCUCCUAUUCCAUCUCCAUCUGACGACGGCGGGAAUCACUUUCUUCCCUUUUCUCGCCUGCUUCGUGGCGGAUCACGCUUGCGCUGCUGGCAGCCGCAAACAAAGGGUCUCCUCAUCUCCAGCCAGCCAUCGAAAUCCUCCCUGUGCAUCGGCGCCGACACGAUGCGUUGCACACCUCGACUACCGUCUGUGAACGUCGCGCGGACCAUCAUCCUCCUUUCCCUCCUCACAACCGCCGCAAUGCCACAAAUAUCACAACCUCGACGGGAUAUAAUCCCCGGGCAACUGCAAAAACGAGCUAAUGCCGUCUACAAAGGAUGCUACUCCUCGGCCGCGUCGAUGAGCAGCGUAGGCACAUACAUGUAUCAAUCAAGCGGAUACUGUAGCACACAAUGUGCCAAUCAGGACUCGCCUGCCAUGGCCCUGACAAGCGGAAAUGACUGCUAUUGCGGUGACGAACUACCUGCAGACAGUGACAAGGUGGAUGACUCGAAAUGUAACAGCCCUUGUACUGGGUAUGGUCAGACCAAUUGUGGCGGCGAUGGCGUUUUCGGCGUAUAUCUCACCAAUGGCGACUCGGGCGUGCCGGUCGCUGGUGGCAGUGAUUCCUCCAGCUCCAGCUCGAGCGCUACCUCCACCACACGUGAACCUGAAUCUGAGCCUCCGACUAAGGCUUCGGCAACCCCAUCGGUUGUCACAAACGUCUCACCCGGCCAGACUCUUGUCGUCACAAUUACGCCGACGCCGAGACCUAGUGCAUCUUCCACGAGCACUACAUCGAGUAGCGGCGGCGGCGGUGGGGGCUCGAACACUGCUGGCAUUGCUGCCGGCGUUGUUGUUGGCGUUCUUGCAAUUGCAGGCCUCGUUGCAGGCUUGUUCUUCUGGAUGCGACAGAAGAAGAGGAAGGAGGCGGAGAGCGAAUACGCGAAGCGCACUCAAGUCAGCGACUUCAUGCGUGGUGCCCACGAGCGAAAACCACCGAGCACUGGCUACAGCCAUAUGAGUGAUACGAGACUGGACCCGGAAGCUGGUGCUCACAGAAAUAGCGUCGGCAGUCUGGCAGAUAAUCAAGACUACUCGAGGAGGAUAUUGAGGGUGGCCAACCCGGACUCGUCAUAGUCGCCGACCGACACCCAUCCUCAACACACUCCUCUACCUCCCAUCAAGGCUCUUCCACGAGCGCAGCGCAAGCUGUCGAAGCGAAUGGGUAGACGCCCUGUUGACGUUCCCUUUUGACGACUCUCCCUCUACAUCUCUUUUUUUCUCUCUCUCUCUCCUCGACCCCUGCAAGACAUAGAAGACCACCAGCCGCACUGUCCCGCAAACGGACGCGCAACGGGACAAAUCUGGGGACAAAUGGUGGUUUGACUGUGCCCGCAAGCAAAUCCUGCGCGAGUUUAGUGAAAUACUACUACUUUUAUGCAACACUGCAGUGUUGAUACCCGGAAAUGCAAACGGACCUCUCAUCAAAAGCUUUUCUCCUGUCGCCUCUCUUAUCAUCGGCGCUGCCAUCGCAAUGGCAUGCCACAUUACCACUAUACUUUUAUGGCUUCACGGUAGCGGAUUCUGAGGAAUCCGCUGACAUGAUGACUACCUUCAUAAUUCACUGCUUUUCUUUAUGGUCUCUCUGUCUGGUGGGUGGGUGGGUAUCAUGGAUGAGCGAUGUUGAAUGGGAAAGGAAAGGAAAGCCAGGGAUAGGCAAGGCAAGGCAAGCAUGGAUGGAGGCGUCUACAGAGAAGUCACGAUGCGAAGUCAGUACAUAGUCUUGUCGUAUUUGAUCUCAUCAUGAUCUCUUCUGGC